CUUAGGUGGAGCUUCGAUGUCAAUAGCUAUGGACGAGGAAGCUAUCGGGGAGCAUGAGUUGAAACUUCGAAAUCUACUUGCAACCCUGCAUACCGACGUAGAUUUGUCGAGACCUCAAGGCUCUGAAAACAGAGACAUGCAAGUUUUUGAAAGGAGAUUAUUUGAAGCAGAAGAUUUGGUGCAGAGAACAAAGAUUGAUGCUGUGUCUAAACUUCAGGAAAAACGAGUUGAACAAUACAGAGAAGAUUUGACAAAACUGCGAGAACAGCUGGGAAUUAUGGAGGAUGAAGAGGAUGAGGAGAGGGAAAAGUCAGAAAAGGAGCCACUGAUGAGUCACAAAUCUCCUAUUGCUGUUUACGGAAUUCAAACAGCAGCAGCAGAAGACUCUCUCGCUAAGGAUGAAGAGAAGGCUACUUGCAGUUGUACCAAUAUGAUUUGCUAUGUAAUUUUUGACUGCUUUCUGGAAUGUUGUAAUGAUUGUAAUUCUUGCUGUACUAAGUGCCCGACAAAUUGUAUGGUUACUGACGUAGAGCGGCAUUAGACUCUGUAUCGGCCACUGUUUAGUAAGGAACAGUUGCAAUUGGAUAGAGCAGAGAGUAGUUGAUAUCAGGCCUAGGUUUAUCUCUUUAUAUCAGAAUUGUAGUUUGAAAUUUGA